UUGUACCCUCUCAUGACUUUAAUGAGUCGCACAAAGCCGUCUGUUUUCGAUCUUCACGUCUCCUGCUUCUUAUAGUAUUUCUCCACGUCUCCCAAAUGUUCCUCGCCUCGUAGCUGCCGGAGCCGCUCGCAAUCGAUCUCUGCUUACACCUUGUCCGCCAUGACAGAGUUCCAUCACGUCUAUACCGAUCGCGGACGCCUCUCCUACAUCCCCGAGCAUUUACACGACCCUUCACGCGCACGUCGCGGCCUCUUUCAAGGACGGAAUCGACGGCCGCACCGCAUCCACAUCGCUCACGUUGCGCCCGACCCUACCUUAUAUCGACGCCAGACUAGCAGCAAGUCGUACAUCGUAGAAAAGCUGGCGGGUCCGCGGGAUAACGCCAAACGUUUCCUUCGUUCCUUCAUCGACUCCCACUUCGCUGCGCCCCACCAGCAGCCGACCGAAUCCACAUCGUCUCGAACAUCCACAAGCAGUCGUAGAGCCUCUCUUUCGUCUCCUCCCGAGAGCCGGCGGUGGUCGUGGGCCACAGGCGAGAUGCGGUCGAGUCCAAGGAGCUCAAAUAGCACGCUUGCCGUGGUGGGCGGCCCGCGUCCUGCCUUGGUAGAUCACCGAUCGUCUGGGAGGUCAUCAGCGAAGAGCGUGAUGAGUAGCAGUGUAAAGCCAGUCCCGGAGGAGAAGCCUCUCGCCUCCGGUAACGGCAUCACUGUCGGCAUCGCUCUUACUGAGCCGGUGCUGUUCCUGCAGGGCUUUGAGCACACAGAAAACUCAUCUUCGGAACGGAGCACAGCUAUGCUUCGCGGCACUCUGAAUCUGCGCGUGACGAAGCCUGCAAAGAUCAAGGCCAUUACGCUAAAGUUCCGCGGGAAGGCAACGACAAAAUGGCCUGAAGGCAUUCCUCCCAAGAAGGUCGAGUUUGAGGAGACAGAUAGCAUUAUGGGUCACACGUGGCCAUUUUUUAAUGCGCAAUUCCCCACCGCGGAAGCUGGUCCCGGCGCUGACCGUGUUGAGCUGUUCAAAAGUCCGGCGAGCGCCCAAGCACAGAAAGGCCUAUUUAGUGGAUCGCCCAAUAAUUCGUCAACAAACUUGAGCACUAAGGACGCGAAGCGUUUGUCUCUCCAAGUAAACCAGUCGCGCAGUUUCGGAAAGGGCGAAUCAUCAACUAGCGGGCCUUCAGUCGCACAGAAGGGUUACAGGACCUUCAACCCGGGCGAGUAUACGUACAAUUUCGAACUACCCCUAGAUAGCCAUCUCCCUGAGACCAUCGAUGUCGAGCUUGGUUCCGUCAAAUACGAAUUGGAAGCGAUCGUUGAGCGCGCUGGAGCCUUCCGUGCCAACCUCAUGGGAACGAAAGAAGUAACGCUCAUCCGUGCCCCAGCUGAAGGUUCCCUGGAACAGGUUGAACCCAUUGCGAUCAGCCGAAGCUGGGAGGACCAGCUGCACUAUGACAUCGUUAUCUCAGGCAAAUCGUUCCCGCUCGGAGCUCAGGUUCCCAUCGCUUUCAAGCUGACCCCUUUGGCGAAAGUGCAGUGCCACAGGAUAAAAGUGUUUGUCACUGAGAAUAUCGAGUACUUUUGUUCCAACAAGCGCGUGCAUCGGAUGGAGCCGGUCCGAAAAGUCCAGUUGUUUGAGAAGCGAGCAGACGGCCCUCCAACAAGUACGUUCCCAGGAAGCUCCAUGAGGAUUGUCUCCGGCGGUGGCGUUCCCUAUGAUCAAAGAGCGGCAGCAGCGAGGGGCGAAGAAGUCCAGGUGCAGGAUCCGACCAACCUUUUGGGUGAUCUCAGCACCGGUGAUGCAGGCGUGGGGCCCACGGAGAUGGAAUUCAAUGUCCAGCUUCCGAGCUGCCACAACAUGAAGGAUAAAGACAGAUCUGCCAGGUUGCACUUCGACACCACGUAUCAGAACAUCCAGGUGCACCACUGGAUCAAGAUCGUCAUGCGACUUUCGAAGCCCGACCAAAACGAUCCAAGCAAGAGGCGGCAUUUCGAGAUCUCCAUCGACUCGCCUUUCCAUAUUCUUUCUUGCCAAGCGACUCAAGCGAAUACGGCUCUGCCGGCAUACUCAUCACCGGAACCCAGUAACGGAGCUGCGCGGAUGCCCGAGUGCGGUUGUCCUGGGGCGCCUGUUCGGCGCACUUCACCCACCAGCUUUGUACCGACUUUGAGCUCAUUAUCGCGCUCAAGAGGCAACUCGGACGCCACGUUACCAAGUCCAGCUCUUGCGCGCCCACAAGCUGCCCACAUCGGCGGACCCACAGACUCCCAGUUACAAAGACCGAUACACCUUCUUCGAGCACCCUCGUUCAACCCACCACCGUUCGAUGAUGAAGAACCACCACCGCCUAUAGAGACUCCCCCUCCGCUCUACGAAAGCAUCGCUUCUCCCACUACCGGCUUGGCAGACUACUUCGCCAGAUUAUCUGACACGUACGACGAAGAUAGUGAGGGGGAGGUAGGAGGAAGCCGCAGUCGUGUCGAGAUACCCUUGACUCCGGGGAGUCGCGUUAACAGCAGGAGCCUGGACGAGCGGCGAACGUGGCUGCCCGUUGGGCAUUAAGCUGGGCCUGACGGCGCCCGGGCGCCGCAUCACGAACGUAAUGACGACAUUUAUGUAAAAGGAUCUUGGGGUACCUACUCGGGCGCGUAUAGCCCUGGCGGCAGGGGCAUAGCAUUCUUGAUUUCUUAUGUCUAAUUCCCAAGGUGAUUUUUCGGGGUUGGUCAAAAUGUGCUUUAGCUUGCAUCCAGGAUGGACCUGGAGGCGUCGUGGGUCGAAGCUUUAUGGGCAUAUCCCGGUAUCUAUUGGGCACGCACUCGGGGAUGGAGGGACCUGCUUUAUGCUGGGCUGGCGACGUGGUGUUCGCUGAAGGCUAGGUGUUGUAUGUAGUCGGAUU